GUGGCGAGGCGUCUAGAUACGGGGGAUCUGUGCGCAGCCAGCCUGUUGAUCACAGUUUGCUUAUUUGCUUUAUCGUUUUAGGUGAAAAGAGGGCAUGUAAUCGGAAACAUUAUGCUAAUGCAAAGUAGACUCUUGUAAUGCUAUCUGACUUGAAAGGAUGCGUGGUAAACGAGCUGUUUGCCUAAACUUGAAAACAAUAACUUCAACCUGUGAAGCAAAAACCUAUUUUCCAUGAUGUCAAAAUUCAGCUUCAGGAGGGAGAGGGACAAGGACUUUAAACAUAUAGCUCAUGGUUUGAUGCCCGCUGCCUCCCUUGCUCCCAAGCCUGCUGUACCCCGUACCCCGCCCCCACGCAGCCCAAACCCCUCACCCGAGAGACCCAGAUCGGCCUUGGCAGCAGCCAUCUUGUCUUCUUCGCUCACUGGACAGACUUGGGCCAUCCCACCUGUACGGACGAGGUCUUUCUCUGAGAGUGGCCAAUCAGAGUCCUUCAUAUCUGAACCAAACAUCAGCGCAGCGCUUUACACCAGAGACAGAUGGUCAGAAGAUUUAGCUAGCCGGCCACACCUGUCCUCCCCUGAACACUCAGACAAGGAGUUGGAAGACAGGGAAGAGGAGUCGGAGAAUGAAGAGGACAGGGAAGAACACAUUUACCACACUCUGGACAGACAGGAGGACUGUUCAACCAUAGAACCUGUCUAUGCCCUGCCACUAAAGACCAGUGUAUCCCAGCCAAAUCAGAUGUCUGCCAGAAGAGUGCCUUCUCCAGAUUUCACUGAGGAAACCGAUGUUCAGUCUCCUGAAGCCAGCCGUGAGUCUUCCAAGAAGAAGAAAGCCCCUCUCAGGAAGAGCCCUGGAAGUCAGAAAGACGUUGUGCCUUGCAGAUCCACUCCACCCACCCUAACCACUGACCACCACAGUCAAUCCAGCAACACCAAAAACCCAAAACAGCCCACCCAGCUGUCUUCAGAACCCAGCAAGGCAUACAGAGAGAUGCAGAGGGAGGAACCAUGGGCCCUGCCAGAAAAGAACGUAAGGAUGGUAGAUGAACAAAAGCUACUGGAGGAGAGACUGCAACGGCUGGAACAGGAGAUCAGUCACAGCCGAGCCUCUCCGAACCUGAGGUCAUCUGCAGGCAGCCAGGCAGAGCUACAUAAUCUGAGGCAACAUGCCCAGGAGCUGGUGGAUGAAAAUGAUGCCCUCAAAUUGACAGUUCACCGUCUGAACGUGGAGCUGAGUCGAUACCAAACCUGCUUCCGACCAUUGUCCAAACAGGAGACCUCCCAAAUUAGUGGCUUACCAAAGACAGGAUCCCCUCCCCCCUGGCUGCUCGACAUGAAGUAUUUAUCUCCUCUGCUGCUGGCCUAUGAAGACAGAAUGAAUGAGAAAGAUGCACUUCUGCAAACCACUGAGGAGGAGAUGAAGAAGUUGCGUGUUCAUGUGGAGCAGGUGGUCAAAGAAAAUGAGAGACUCCAUGAUGAAAUUGCAAAGAUGGGAGGGGUCAGCCAGAAGGACUGUCAUCAGCUACAACAACAGGCCUUCCUGGUUUUGCAGGAGAACCAGGUUCUGAUUGACCAGCUCGAGGCUCAGCACGUUAAGGCCAAGGCCAGCCACAGCAGACACCAAUCUGAAGUUUCCAAGGUGUCAAAGCAACUGAUGUUGCUCGAGGCAGAAAAGCAGCGUUUACAGGAGGACCUAGAAAAGAGCAGGGGGGAGGUCCAGAAAAAUAUGAGGGAGGUACAACUUCUGCAGGCCCGCCUGAAGGAUGCCAUCACCUGGGAUGAACACUGCAACAUUGCUGGAAAACUCAGACGGCAAUUGGAGGAGCAAGAGAGUAGAAAUAAGAAUGAGAUGGAUGAGUUGCUUCUCAGAUUGUCCAACCUCCAGGAGGAGAAUAGGAGUCUGGCUCUGGACAAAGCUAACCUGUCUGCUGAUUUAAAGAGAAUGGAGGCUGAGCUGGAGCUCAAAAAACAAGCCAACAGGAAGGCUGAGAGGAGGAUGAGUGUAUUGAAGCAGCAGAAGGAAGAGUGUGUGUUGAAAGAGGAAAAGACCCGGCACUACAUGGGAGCUGUCAUUUCUGUGGCAGAGCAUGUUUCCCAGGAGAGAGACCAACUGUUACAGAUGGCUUCGGUUCUUCAGCAGGAGAAGCAGGGAUUCAUAGGCAAGAUUCUGAAUGGCACAGUUCGAUUUGGAAAACUACAGGAACAAGUCAAAGUGUACAGGAGGCAGGCGUCUACCAGACUGGCAGUGUUGGAGGAGGCAGUGGAGGGGAGGACAGCUUCUUACCAGAGGGAGAUCCUUUACCUGCAGAGGCUGCUAAAAGAAAGACAGGAGGCUGAGGAGAGACUGCUGCAGUCCAAACGGGAAAUAGAGGAAGAGUUGGAGGUGGUGUGGCAGGCAGCAACCAGGGAGAACCAGCAACUGAAGGAGACUCUCUUGGACUCAAAGCUCACAUCAGACCUCCGUGGUUUGCCUGACUCCAGUCACCAAUACAACUCCCUGGAUGAGAAGCAUAAACAUGGGCUGGAUUUCUAUUGUUAAAACUGCUGAUAUCAUGACCCACAUGUAUGAGUGGUCACUGACAAUAGCAAGAGAGACAUGUUAGAUAAUUGUGCAUUAGUUACAGUCCUGAACAUGCCAAGACGCAGGCAGCUGCCAGACCUUCCUUAUUUCACAGAUAAUUAACUCACAACUUUAUCUGUUAAAAUGUCUUCCUGCUGGGUAAGCAUCUGCAGUGUAAAGGAUGCAGUUGUAUCAUGGGCACAUUCAAUUUACAAUUUUUAUUAGUGUAGGUAAACUUAUAAUACAGCUCAUUGUGGCCAAAUAAACCUGACAUCAGUCUGGCUGGUCAGAAAGAUUUCCAUUUAAUGAAUAAAGUUUUGUGUUAUUUUUUGGUUUUAUUGAUCAUGCCAAGUUUAACAGAUAACACAAAUACCAAAUAGUGAAGAAAGUUGCAUCAUUUUGCUGGAUUGGAGCCACAGUGGCCUGAAGAAGGUGGCUACUGUCGCCAUCUGCUGGACAUAUAUGGUAAUUGUUAUCAUAUCAGCAGAUGAGAAGAUGAAUGAAAGUCAGUGUGAGGUUAUUAUAAGGAUAGCUGUGCAAACCUGUUUGUCUGUGUCUUUGUGUCCUGGGGUCAAGUAUAAGUUAACAUAUGUCAGUCACAUACUUCACUGUGUAAAGCUUGAUGACUGGCUGUAUGUCAGAGAUACAAAUGAUGAUUUUCAUGAUGCGUUUCUUGUUUUGAAAAUAAUAAAUGUUGACCGGAAGAGUAAAACAAGUGUUAAGGUAAAAAAGAUAUGCACAUAUAUUUAUAGAUGCCUGACUGCUUCCAUAUUAUUAUUACCUUCUUCAGAUUACAUUUGUGGCUGAUUGUGGCUGUUUCGGCUGAACGCGUAAAUUGGUUUUGCUUUAUAAUUAAAUCUACUUUAGACACAGUGCA